UCCACCAUAUAUUCCGCCAGAGUAGCGGGCUGAAGUGCAAUUUUGUCGCUGCAGUCUCGCUGAACUAGGCGAGGAAGGUUUCACCCGAACUUCAAGCUAGCAACUGGCUUACCGAGAGCCGUCAUCGAGAGGUCAUAGAUCGACUGAACAUCAUUAGACUACGCUCGGUUCCUUGUUUCCUUCCCCCACCGCCACCAUGGGCGAGAACGGCAGAUAUGGCGAGCAUGAGCCACUUCUCAGCAAAGCCGAAAUCGCGUCGACGCCGGUGUAUCCUAUAAUACACAUGAUUAAGAACACAGAUACCCCCCUCACUUUCGAUGCGCUCACCGCCCCCGACCUCACCUACACCCUCAUCCGCCCGCUGCACGAAAAGUACAGUUCCCUCCAACGCGGCGGCAACAUGUCCAUCGUCUUCUGCCUCCUCCUCAACCGCGCGCACUUCCGCGCAGACGAGAACAUGUCCACCGCGCUCGUCUCCCGCACGCGCGCCGAGCUCUGCGAGCUGCUCGCCAUCCGCACGCUGCGCGACUACGGCGACGACACGCUCACGCUCGCGCACGUCGUCACGACCGCGUGGCCCGUGUUUAACGGCGCGGAUGAGGAGGUGCUAAGGCAGGCGCAGGAGGACAGGGAUGAUCUGGAGGAGCGGGUCGGGAAUGCGAUCGAGCUGGCGAUUGUAGGGAAGGCGAAGCGCUUCAUCAAGUGCUCGCCGUGUCAGAAGGUUAUUGAUGCGAUUUGGAGCGGCAAAUGCGUGUAUCAGGCUGAGAGCAGCCACUCUAUCUUGUCUGACACGUACAAACGGACACCUAUACACUACUAUGACCCUCACAAAGCGCCCUUGCUUGAUCACUACCGCCUGAAGGUCCCGUCCGUGCGGGCCGUUCUUGAAUUCUGGAACUUCGUGCUUCUCUUCAUCCUUUUCGUCGUAGCCAUUGAAUACUCAGAGAGGGACCAUAUCAAUACGGCUGAGAUCGUAUUCAUGGUAUACGCCCUCGGUUUCAGUCUAGAAAAGUUCGCAGCCAUGCAGGAGCACGGAAUUCGAGUGUACACGAAGGGAACAUGGAACGGGUUCGACAUUGCUCUCGUCUCGACCUACCUCGUUUACCUCUUCCUGCGACUCUACGGUCAACUUCACAACAGCAAAUGGGCCCGCUCCCUCGGGAUCGACCUCCUCGCCAUCAUAGCAUGCUUGUUAUUCCCAAGACUCGCCUUCGUCACCCUCAAGGACAACCUCAUGGUCCUGGCCCUCCGAGCGAUGAUCGUGCAAUUCCUGCUCCUCAUGAUGAUCGCAGCAUUUUGCUUCUGCGGGUUUCUGUAUGCGCUUUGGACACUAAGCCGCAACGAGCCAUGGCCGUAUAGUGCGACACAGAUCGCAUGGUGGAUGCUCGACAUCUGGUUCGGGCUCGACGCGAGCGGGUUCGAGAAAGCGACGAACUUCCACCCAUACUUCGGGCCUGUGCUCAUGGUCACGUACGCCUGUUUGAGCAAUACGUUGUUGUUAACUGUGCUCGUUUCUAUUCUCACGAACACGUUUGCGACGAUAAGCGAGGACGCGCUGGCUGAGGCCAUGUUCCGUCGCGCGGUCUCCACCAUCGAGGGAGUCAAGGCCGACUCGCUCUUCUCUUACCAUCCUCCAAUCAACCUUCUCGCUGUUUGCGUCAUGUUCCCGCUGAGCUUCAUUCUCACGCCGCGCUGGUUCCACAAGGUCAAUGUAUUCUGCAUCCGGCUUACCAGUUUCCCCAUCCUGCUCGGCAUUGCGCUCUAUGAGAGACAGGCAAAGAAGCACGGGACGACCACGUUCUCGGACACCUUGUCCGCCACGGUGGAGAGGAUAUUCGAUGCGCUGCCGAGGCAAAUUACGAGGCUUUCUAUUUUCGAGGGUUUCGCGGGUGCGGAUGGUGGCAUCGAAGCUAUCUUUGAGAUUGAAGAGGAACUCGGCACGAGUGCCCUCGACACCCGUUCCGAGGGCGAGGUGGAGAACGGACCACCUCAGACAUCCUACGCGUCCGGCGCGCUGCCUCCAUCGCCUCAGCAUCGGCGGCUGUCUUCGUCGACAACGGCGACGAAGCGCAGACCGUCUACGCCGUUGCAGUCUCCCACAGCCGUGACGAACCCUGCUCCCAACCAGCCGCCUCUACGCGCGCGAGUGAACUCCAUCACCGGUCCGCAGAGCUUCACCAGCCCGCUCGCGCAGAUCUUCCAGCCGCUGGUUGUCGAUGACGACCUGAUGGAGGAGGACGAUAAUGCAAGCGAAGCCUCAAGUCCGCCGCAGAACAUGGGCGUCCACUUCCCGUCGCCCCCAGGCGUGAGCUACGGUCCCGCGAGCCGGCGGCGGCUGUCGUCCAUGCACCGGCCGCGCAUGGAGUCCGGGGUGCGACGGUUCCCCAUCCUGGGCCGUGUCGUGAGCGAGGGGAGCGGCAAUGGUGUGCUGUCGGAGAGCCCGGAGCAGGCGGGUGGGGUGUUGCACGGGAGAGAGGGCGAGGGGCCAGCUGUGAACCAGCCCACCGCCGUGGCGGCAGGCAGCCCGCUGGGUCCGACGCCCCUUGCCAGCGCGAGGGAUGCGACAUCGCCUACGCCUUCGGCGACGGCGCAGCAAGUUGUGGAUACGCGCGCAGACACGGGCGCGGCGCCGGGUUGGGUGACACGGUUGGACAAGAUGGAAGCCAGGCAGCAGCGGAUCGAGGAUAUGCUGCAGCAGCUGGUGCAGGGGAUGGCGAAGAAAGCGUAGACCCUUCUUGUAUCCGACUCUACUUAGUUCUAUUACCUUGAUUUGGCAAGGCAGCGGCCAUGCCCAGCGCAAUCAUGAUGAUAUAGCAUUAGAAUGUAGGGGUUGAGGCAUAGAACUCCAAGUCUGGUCGACUGUCCAGAAACGGCGGUACAAAAUCGCACACGAGCAACAUAUUCUUGUCCAUCCGACCCACGCAUACUCGGCCUGUUACAGCACAUAUGUCGUAUUCCCCUCUGUUCCACGGCUGUUCGUCGUUUUGAGGAAAGAACCUGCCCCUUUUCCGCUUCAGGUAUAUCGUUUGCCCCGGCGUUAAUUCCUCUAGCGGCGCGAUGUUCACCAUCAGCUCGCCUCGCAUGAGAUCCGAGAGCUCGUAGGCCGCAGUGACCGUGUCCGCGCCCUGCUUGGGUGCUGCCACGCGAACGAUGUCAUCGUCAGUAAGGACGCAUGGGGGACCGAUGGGCGUGUUGUCGGGUGU